AUCAAUGUUCAAUAUAAAUAUCGUUUUUAACUUACCACUUCAGUCUAUUCGUUAAACAAUAAAAAACAAACUGUAUUCAAAUAUUUUUUUAAUAAUAAUUUAUAUAUACUUAGAAAAAAAUAUAUAAAGAUGCAGUGGAUGAAUUUUCGAAAAUGUCUUGGAGCAGUGAAACAAAUCAAUUUAUUAAAUAACCGUCAAGCUAGUAAUAAUUGCAAAAUUUUUGUUUAUAGUCAUGAUAUAGAAAUGGCAAAAAAAAAUGAAUUACCAAUUGUUGCCUUAGAAUCGACAAUCAUUACUCAUGGAAUGCCUUAUCCUGAUAAUUUAAAGACAGCUAUUCAAGUGGAAAAUAUUGUCAGAAAAAAAGGUGCUGUACCUGCAACUAUAGGAAUUUUAAAUGGACAAAUACAUGUUGGUUUAAAUAAUGAACAACUGCAAAUAUUAGCACAAUCACAUUCCAAAACUGUUAAGUGUUCAAGCAGAGACAUAUCAACAAUUGUCGCUCAAAAAUUAAAUGGAGGAACAACUGUUAGUGCAACAAUGUUAAUAGCAAAUCUACUACAUUUGCCUAUAAUGGCAACUGGAGGUAUUGGUGGUGUUCAUCGUGGGGCAGAAAUGACUUUUGAUAUUAGUACUGAUUUAAUAGAACUUGGACGUACUCCUGUAGCUGUUGUUUGUUCUGGUGUUAAAUCUAUAUUAGACAUUGAAAAGACAUUAGAAUAUCUGGAAACUCAUGGAGUUCCAGUUAUAAAAAUUGGUAAAACAAAUUAUUUUCCUGCAUUUUAUUGCACUGAAACAUUUCAGAAAAUAAAAGCGCCACAUAAAGUAUCAACUUCAGAAGAAGCAACAGAAAUUCUUAAAAAACAAAGAGAAUUAGGUUUUCAAACAGGAAUAUUGUUUACUGUCCCCAUUCCUGAAAAGUAUGCAUUGGAUUCUAAAGAAAUGGAAUCAGCUAUACAUAAAGCUCUAGAAAAUGCAAAAUAUCAAAAUAUCAGUGGAAAGAAUGUUACACCAUUUUUACUAGAAGAAUUAAAUAGAAUUACACAUGGUCAAUCUCUUCAAGCUAAUAUGGCACUCAUAGAAAACAAUGCAAGCGUAGCAGCAGAAAUUGCAGUGAAUUUGGCAAAAAAAUAUGUUCAAAAUUCUUUUAACAACAACACAUCUGAAUGCAUUUUUGUAUCAAAGCGAAAUCCAAUUGUAAUUGGUGGAGCAGUAAUGGAUACCACAUUGCAAAUAAAGGAGUCUGAGAUAAAAGUAAGUCAAAUCUUAAGUCAGAAUUAUACUAAAUAACCAAUUUUUCUUAUAUUCAUAUAUCAGAGAAGUUAUAGAACGUUUAACAGUAUUUACAUACAAUUACGACCACAUAAGUUUUAUGUACAUUUAAGAAUAUUUAAUAACAUGAACUUAUAAUAUAGUAUGGGGAAGAGUGAUAUGAUAUAAUAAUAUGAAUCACUAAAAUUAUAAAGCAUGAUUAAAGUAAAAGUUAAAAAAUUAUACAGUAUAUUGAAAUAAAAAUAUAAGAUAGAAUAUUUUGAAAAGGAAUAUUUUUUUAAUUAAAUUUCUUUGAGUUGUUUAAAUAUAUAUUCUUAAUGUAUCAAUCCAAGACGUAUUUGUAAGAAUUCUUCCAAAAAAAUUGAAAAAAAAAUCUAUUUAAGAUAAGCGUUUUCCAUUUUGUAUAAUAAUAUGCAUAAUUAUAAAACUAAUGAACUGAUUUUAUAUUUACACUUUUUCCCAUACUUGGCUAUGGUAGUCCUAUUGGGUUUAUCAUGUACGAAAUAACGUACAUAUCAUAACUAACCAUUUACAGAUACAGUAAAUUGGAUUUCUUAAGCAGGCACUAUUCAAAGCUCCCUCUCUUUCAUUCUUCUCAAUAUACAUAUUACAUUUAAACAUCAGAUAUAAAUUACUACACAUGUUAAACUUUUUUAAAACCUUCUUAUGGGAUCAUAAUUCAUUGUUGUCGGGAUACAUUGUAUGACUAAAACAUAGAGAUAUGAACCUUUUUAAUUUAACUAUUUGACGAUUGAACGAAUCAAAGGAACGAAUUAAAACGUGAAAAAUAAUAUCGUCCCUUUUUAGUUAAAAGUUUUUUUAGUUAAAGCUUAUGCUAAUUAAAAGUAGCGUGUAGAUCUUCACUUCUGGGCGGCUUGCAGUAACAUAUUUGCCUCUUUCUAAAUGAUCAGUUUAAAAAUCAAUUAAUACUAUCUAUUAUUUGUUUUACAUAUAAUAUAUCCUUAUAUACAUUUAGUGGCAGAGGCUGUAUGUCUGCGAGGUGUAAGCUUUUAUAUUAUUUUUAUUAUUGUAGCUUAGUACAUUCAAUGAUAAUUCGAUGGCCUGAUUAAGAAAGAACCCUUGAAAUGCAAUUUUUAUCUUUUCUCUCUUUUUUUUUUAUAAUAAUUAAAAAUUAUGAUAUGAA